AUGCGGAGCCCAGAGGAAGGGCUUGGAGCUCUCCAGCUUGCAAAAGAGGGGAAGUAUGGCGAGUGUCCCCCGCCCAGAAGGAUCCCCCUGGAGGCCUGCGACAACUUCUGCUCCUCCGAUGAUGACUGCCCGGGCAGCGAGCGCUGCUGCAGCACCGGCUGUGGACGAGAGUGCCAGCUCCCCACGGGAGCAAAGCAGGGCUUCUGCCCACGGCCGAACCCUGACAUGGUGACCAUCUGCCUGGUGGCGUGCAGCAGAGACAGCGACUGCCAAGGCAACGAGAAGUGCUGCAACAGGGGCUGCCGCAUCCACUGCACGUUGCCGGAGCCAGCCAAACCGGGCAUCUGCCCCAAGAGAAAGGUGCUGCAGACCUUUGCCCCCUGCAAAAGCUCCUGCAAAGAUGACUCCGACUGUCCCCGCCACAAGAAGUGCUGUUUCACGGGCUGUGGCCUCGGCUGCCUGCCUCCGGAGAGAGCUGCUUCCAACGGCACCGUGUCCUUGGGUGACAUCUGUCACCUCCCACCCGUGCCUGGCCCGUGCAGGGGACACUUCAGUCACUAUGCCUACAACCCCGCCACGGGGACCUGCCAGCCGUUCACCUACAGCGGCUGCGGGGGGAACCCCAACAACUUCAAGACGGUGGAGGAGUGCCAGCAGGUCUGCCAGAAAUAG